GUUAUUCUUCAAAAUUCCUCGUGCUACAUCCUUCUGCUGCUUGCCAAUGAAGAUUUUGUCUUCCUUACUCUUUUACAUUCUUCUCUUGUCUUUACUCUCGGGAUUCCGCAGAGCUGCUGAUACAUUGAGCUCAAAUGGCACCAUCACCUACGGUGAGACUUUGGAAUCCUCAGGCCAAAGCUUUGAAUUAGGUUUCUUUUCCCCCAAUAAUUCUGGCAAAUGGUACAUAGGAAUAUGGUACAAGAAAUUCCCAGAAAUCAUUGUGUGGAUUGCAAACAGGGAAACCCCAUUAAGGAAUUCAUCUGGUGUUUUAACAAUCACCCCUAAUGGAGAUCUUGCUAUUAUGAAUGCAACGACGGGCGAUAUUUUCUGGUCAUCCAAUUCUUCUAAAAAUGAACCAGCAACAGUGGCACAGCUAUUGGAAUCUGGUAACCUUGUACUCAGAAGAAAAGAUGAUACCACACAAAACUAUGUAUGGCAAAGCUUUGAUUUCCCAUCCGAUACGCUUUUACCAGGAAUGAAACUAGGGUGGAAUUUGAGCACCGGCACAAACAGGUAUAUAACAUCAUGGAAAGAUGACAAUGACCCCUCUCCUGGAGACAUUACUUUCCGACUUGACAAUAUUGGGAUGCCUCAAUUUAUUCUUCGCAGGGGAUCAGAAACAAUUUACAGGUCAGGGCCAUGGAAUGGAAUUGAAUUUAGCGGUUCCAUUGACUGGAAGACGGUAGACACACGCAUUUUUGUUUACAAUAAUCAAGAACUGUACUAUAUGAAUGGGGUUGUCGACAAUUUAAUUAUUACCAGGCUUACAGUGUAUCCAUCAGGUUCAGUCCGACAACUCAUACUGAAACAGGGGGGAUUCUCAUGGACUGUUAUGGAUUCAUCAAUGAAUGAUCAGUGCGAUGACUAUGGAUUAUGUGGUGCUAAUAGCAUUUGCAAAACCAAGAGUAGACCAAUUUGUGAGUGCUUAUACGGAUUUAUUCCUAAAUCGCAGAGUGAAUGGGAUGUACGUGACUGGUCCAGUGGAUGUGUGAGGAGGACUCCAUUGAGUUGCCUGCAGGAUCACAUUAAAUUUUUAAAGCUUGGAGGUGUGAAAUUGCCAGAUCUCCUUCAGUUUUCACUAAACAAGAGCAUGAGUCUAAAAGAAUGUCAGGCAGAAUGCUUGAAGAACUGCUCUUGCAUGGCUUACGCAAAUUCAGAUAUUCGUGAAGGUGGUAGUGGUUGUUUCAUGUGGUUCGGGGAUCUGAUCGAUAUUCAAGAGUUUUCUGAAAGAAAAGAACGAUACAUCUACAUGCGAAUGGCAGCAGCCGAACUUAAUCACAAUAAAAAGACGACACUGGUGCUGAUCUUGGUCAUAUCGUUAGUUUGCGGAAUGUUUAUCCUCGGCUUCUUGAUCUUUCGUCUCAUCAAGAAGAGAGAAUCGAAAAGAGCAUUUGAUAUCGAUGUGAAAGAUAUAGAGCUGCCAAUGUUUGAUCUGAGUACAGUUACUAAUGCAACUGAGAACUUCUCAUUAACAAAUAUGCUUGGAGAAGGAGGAUUUGGAAUUGUGUACAAGGGAAAAUUACCAACAGGGCAAGAAAUUGCAGUGAAGAGACUCUCAACGAAUUCUGGACAAGGUCUUCAAGAGUUUAGGAGUGAAGUAAUUCUGAUUUCCAAACUUCAACACCGGAAUCUUGUUUGGCUUUUGGGAUGUUGCCUUGAAGGAGAUGAAAGGAUGCUAAUUUACGAAUAUAUGCCCAACAAAAGCUUGGACAAUUUCAUAUUUGAUCAGCAUAGAAAAACAUUGAUUACAUGGAAAAAGCGCUUUGAGAUUGUUAUGGGCAUAGCGAGAGGACUUCUUUACCUUCAUCAGGACUCUCGAUUGAGAAUUAUUCACAGAGAUCUUAAGAGUAGCAACAUUUUACUAGAUAGUGACUUGAAUCCCAAGAUUUCUGAUUUCGGCCUCGCAAGAACUUUUGGUGGAGAUCAAACUGAAAGCAAAACAAAGCGAGUAAUUGGUACUCAUGGCUAUAUGUCGCCAAAAUACAUUGUUGACGGGAAAUUCUCGGUGAAAUCUGACGUCUUCAGUUUUGGAGUGCUUUUACUAGAGAUAGUGAGUGGCGAUCCUGGCAUGGUGUAUUGUGGGACGAUUCUACAUUCCUCUAGGUAUUUAGCAAAUGGUCCCGGACAUUGUACACCUGAACCGUCAUAUCUGCCGUAG